CAAACAACAUAUUUUCUCAGAUAGCAUCGAACUCAAGUCUAAGUUUCGAGGUAAAGUGUCUAUAUAAACUACAUAACAAUGCAUUUCCAACUCACCUGAGAAACACAAUACCUCGUUUCUCUGUUUUGCAGGCCCCUCUCGGUGCUAGGAUGGAAUAUCAACAAGCGAGACGCUGCAGAGUGGUGUUGGUCCCUCUGCCCUUUCAAGGCCACAUAACCCCAAUGCUUCAGUUGGGGGCUAUCCUUCAUUCCAAAGGCUUCCACAUCACAAUUGCCCACACCCAGUUCAACUUUCCCAACCCGCUGAAUUACCCUCAUUUCGACUUCUUAGCAUUGCCUGAUGGCAUAGGGGCGCAAACUAUUUCAGCGGAUAACUUUAUAGCAACGAUAACAGCUUUCAACACCAAAUGCAAGGACCAUCUCCAGGAUUCGCUGGCUAGGAUAAUGGAAAAAGAUGAUCAACACAAUAAGACUGCUUGCAUUAUCUAUGAUGAAUAUAUGUAUUUUGCAGAAGAGGUCGCCAAACAUUUAAGGAUAUCUAGUAUCAUAUUGUCUACCAGCAGUGCAGCAAAGAUGCUAAGUUACAUUGCGGUUCCUAUGCUCCAAAAGAAUGGUUACAUUCCCAUUCAAGACUCUAAGAUGCUGGAACUAGUACCAGGACUCGAACCUCUCAGAUUUAAAGACCUAACCAUCACAUAUUUCAGAAAAUUGGAUGACUUGCUACAACUAAUGGCAAAAGCCCUUGAUCCAAGGUCAUCCUCAUCCAUUAUCUGGAACACCAUGGAUUGCCUCGAGCAUCUGACGUUGGCAAAGAUCAAGCAAGAAUACCAACUUCCGUUGUUCCCUAUUGGCCCUCUGCAUAAAACUGUUCCAGCCAUAUCCAGCAGCUUAUUAGAAGAGGACCAUGGUUGCAUGUCAUGGCUUGACAAACAACCACACAACUCUGUCAUCUAUAUAAGCCUUGGAAGCGUAGCUUCCAUGGACAAUAAAGACAUAGUUGAAAUGGCAUGGGGGCUUGCAAACAGUGAGCAACGUUUCUUGUGGGUUAUUCGAACAGGAUCAACAGCACUCCCAGAAGGUUUCCAAGAAACUGUUAAAGACAGAGGUUGCGUAGUAAGAUGGGCACCCCAACAGGAAGUCUUGGUACGCACUGCAGUUGGAGGCUUUUGGAGUCACUGUGGUUGGAAUUCAACCAUUGAGAGUAUCUCUGAAGGAGUUCCGUUGAUAUGUCAACCAUAUUUUGGAGACCAACGAGUGAAUGCAAGGUACUUGACCCAAGUUUGGGGAGUGGGGUUAGAGUGGGAGAAUGACAUGAACAGAAAAGAUAUAGAGGAAGCUAUACGAAAACUUAUGGUGAGUAAAGAAGGAGAGCUGAUAAGGCAAAGAGCAAAAGAACUGAAGGAGAAAAUUGAAUCCAGUAUGAAUCAAGGUGGUUCUUCCUACAAUUCCUUGAAUGAAUUGGUGAAGCUUAUUUGGUCAUUCUAAUUGUAUUAGAUGCUGUAGAUGCAACUGUAUGUCUAUAUUACUGCAAGUAGAAUAAAGAUAUGAAAUUACUAUA